AAUGGCUCGGCGUCAACGUCUGGGGCCACUUUCGAGAGGAUCCAAAUUAUCAACGACGAGAAGCAGUUCACACCGGACCUGUCGAAGCAAAUCGAGCGCUGGGGACUGCGGGAUGUAGGAUUCGACUACGACAUUGUUGCAGUCUUUGGUUCCCAGUCAACAGGGAAGAGUACACUACUGAACCGACUAUUCGGUACAACGUUCGACGUCAUGGACGAGACAAGACGACAGCAGACGACAAAGGGUAUCUGGAUGUGUCGAGGGAAAGAUAUGAAUGUCCUGGUCAUGGACGUGGAGGGAACCGACGGGCGUGAACGCGGAGAGGACCAGGACUUUGAGCGGAAGUCCGCUCUGUUCUCGAUGGCUUCGUCAGAAGUCUUGAUCGUCAACCUGUGGGAGCACCAGGUGGGAUUGUACCAGGGGGCGAACAUGGGUCUUCUCAAGACCGUCUUUGAAGUCAACCUGGGUCUGUUCGGAAAGAAGUCUCCAAAGGGAGGCGCCAACCAACGGACCCUUCUCCUCUUUGUCAUCCGUGAUCACAUUGGAACAACACCUCUUGUAAAUCUGCAAGCCACCAUCACCGCAGACUUGAACAAGAUCUGGGAGGGUCUAUCGAAGCCUCCGGAAUUGGAAGGCUGCAAGCUUUCAGACUACUUCGACUUGGCCUUCACUGGCCUUCCCCACAAAAUCCUGGUUCCCGACAAGUUCGAAGCGGAGGUGAAGAACCUAAGGAGACGGUUUGUCGAGAAGGACAGGGAUGAUUUCGUCUUCAAGCCGGCGUACCACAAAGGUAUCCCGGCAGAUGGUGUUGCCUUCUACAUGGAGGGUAUUUGGGAACAAGUCCAGAGCAACAAGGACUUGGAUCUGCCUACACAGCAGGAAUUGCUGGCUCAGUUCCGUUGCGAUGAGAUUUCGACCGCCGCUCUGGUUGACUUCAAUGAGCAAGCCAAGUCUCAACGCAAGCCUAUCGAAGCCGGAAGGGUCGUCGACGGCUUGGGGCAGUUGAUGCGGAACUGGCGCACGGAGGCGCUGACCCGCUAUGAUCGUGACGCCUCGCGGUACCAUAAGGGUGUUUAUAAGCGCAAGCGUCAGGACCUCAUCUCGGUCAUCGACUCAACGCUGUCGCCGCUCUUCCUCGGCCAACUGAAGAACCUGCACAAGUCGUGCCUUGUUGCCUUCAAGAAGGAAGUGCUGGACUCGCUGAAGGGCGAGGACUACAACUUCGCCGACGUCGUGGGCAGGGCGCGGGAAAAAUGGGAAGGCAGGUUCGUCGAGGGUGCCACGGAGGCCUGCGUCGAGGGCACGGACUGGGCUUGGGAGGACGAGUACGGGCUUCUGAAGGAGGAGACGCAGAGCGUCGCGGACCAGUGUCGGAAGGACGAGACGAAGAAGAUGGUCAACGCGAUUGAAAGAAAUAUCAAGAAGCAGAUCUCAGAGCCUGUAGAGCUGUACCUCAAUCAACCCUCUUCGGACAUGUGGGACAAAGUUCUGAAGACAUUCAAGGAGACCCUGGUCAAGGCCGAGUCCACGUACCUUGCAAAGGCGAAGAGUUUCAACUGUACUGAGGAAGAAAACAAAUCCGCCUUGGCGACGCUGCGCAAGCGUGCAUGGCUUGUGCUUCGAGCAAAGAUCGAUGAACAGACGGCCGAUACUGUCUUCCUCGGAAAGCUCCGCGCGCACUUUGACGAACGGUUCAGAUAUGACGAGCAAGGAGUGCCCCGGGUGUGGAAGCCGGAUGAUGACAUUGACGGCGCGUUCAAGAGAGCCAAGGAUGAGACACUCGAGCUCAUCUCUCUCUACUCUAAAAUUGCCCCCACCGAUCCAUCACUGGAGUUCACACUGCCAUCCGAGCCAUCGGAUUCUCUGACGAACAGUGACGAGUUUGACUUCCCCGCCACCUUGAUCAUAUUCUCCGACAGCAAAUGUUUGGAUCUUAUGAACAAGUUCCGACGAGACGCUGAUGCCUACUAUGUCGAGGCGAAGCGGAGCACGGUCUCGAGCGUCGCGCAGAUUCCGUACUGGAUGUACGGCGUGCUCGUCGUGCUUGGAUGGAACGAGGCUAUGGCUGUGCUGUUCAACCCGCUGUACUUCACCAUGGUGCUUGUUAUGUUGGCUUCAGCAUGGAUCAUCCUCAAACUUAACCUCGCUGGGCCACUGUUGCAGAUCACACGGACUGUGGGCGGAGAGGUGCAACGGCAAGCGAGCAACAAGCUACGAGAGCACUUCUCGCAGCCGAUGUUGACAGAGCCGGUGAGGGCGCAACCGAUCGAAGAUGCGCUCGAAGACGAGGAGGUGCGACAGGAUAUGCGGAGGAGG